UAGGCCGCGGGUUUGGUCAGUAAUAAGUAGGGCUAACUUUAUAUCAUUUAAGUUAAUAUCCUCAAUUUUUUGCCUUCGUAGCCUCUAACACAUACCAUUAAGAACUCGUUUAAAAUGAAAAAGAUGAUAUUGUUUCGUUCUUAUUGCGUACCCUGUAUCUGAUGGACGCAAACCGGUUCAAUUUUCAACGACUUUACUAGACUAAGCUCUCGUCUCACCGAAAGGCUUAUAUGAUAAAAGAGUUUUGGCGGCCGGAUGAAGAGCAACUCUUAACUGUGUUGAACUGAUAGCUCAACUGAAAUUUGUUUAAAAAGAGAGGACGAAAGCUUGUGUAAAGAUCUUGAUAAAGGUCCAGUCACAUCUGAAAUUCUUGGGUCUCGUUUUUCCUCGAUGCGCAGAGAUACACAAACCAGGAACUUCCGGUCUACAGUAUCGAGAUGGCCCCAACCGAAGCGACGAAAAAGAAGCAGAAGACUGUCCGAAAAUGACACGAAGCUGAUUAAAGAAACAAAGUUUGAGGAACCUCCCUGGGCAGGGCAGGUCCAGGACAAGGGUGACCUUUUCUACAUCGAACCUUUUAGAGAAUCAUCAUCUCCUCCUUCGAAUGAUCUUGAACAUCUACAGAUAAAUGGAGAGAUCCCUAGCAAGGACAAAAACAAUGCUGUCUUUAAAAAAUUAACAAGUGUGAAAAGAAUUCUACCGAGCUUACGGAAGGACAAAAAUGAUGAUAAAAAAACUGACCAGAGAAACAAUCUCAAGAACAGCUUAACAGCUGAUGGACUUGAUAUGUCGAAAGGAAAAGAAAAAACAAGAUCAAACUGUAUAAAAAAGGAUGUCCAUGUCAUUGUAACACCACCAAAACUUGGGUCUGGCAGAAAUCAGAGCCUAGAGACACUAUUGGGGAUUAUUCCUGGACGAGAUAAGACUGGAAGAUUGUCACAGAAUGAUAGUUAUUCUGGUUCGAGGAUAUACAUCAAGGGUUUUGUACCUGAUGGACCAUCUUUGAAGUGUGGAGAGCUUAGAAUAGGUGAUGUGAUUCUUGCUUUGAACAAGCUAGAUUUAAACUCUAGUAAUGUACACACUAUACUUGCAGCCAUCACAGGACCUAUGGAGAUAAUCCUCACAAUACAGAGGUUUAAUCAGCCUCCCACACCAGUCAUUUCAUCCAAUACACCAACCAAAGAUGACAGUCAUUUGAUACAGUUGAUAAGUGGACAGCCUAGUGUGCAACCUAGACUAGAUCUGAGAGGAUUGCCUCAUCUUGUGAUGUAUCUUAGCAUAACAAGCAGUGAGGAUGAUGAGCCUAAUAAGGACAUACUCUACCAAUAUCCUAUGACAGAAGAGGCAGCUAGUUUGUUGGCUGUAAGAGGUGUGUUUCUAACUCUGAGUGAUUUACUGAUAUCUGUGACUGGAGGGCAUGCUCAAAGUUCGACUUUGAUGCUAAAGAAAAAACUUGUCAAUAUCGGCUACUACAAGAGUGGGAAACAUGUUCUUAUCAUCUGUUUGCCAUCAGAGAAGGUAUCACUUCUACAGCUCAAGAAGCUAAUGACUGACAUCAGCAGAGUACUUCAUGUCAUCUUUGGAUCUAUUGACAGGGCAUUUUGUGAUGGAGGUAACAAAGGACGACUAGACCACUUUUUUGCCUUGUUAUUUGAGAGUACUCUGGGGGCGAGAACUAAAGAGAAUACCAGUGUUCAUCUGUGUGACUCCUUACCUGGUGUCAGAUGGUUGAACCUGCCUACAACAACCAUGGUGAACAUCAAUUGCUGCUUGAGUGAGUUAGAGGCUGCAGAUUAUGGAGAAUUAGUAGAUGAAUUAUUUCAAAUUAGAAGACUUUAUACAAUUUUGGGAUCAUGCAUAUUUUAUAAGGGGAUGCUACUGGCAAAUCAUUUAGUUUCAGAGGAUUUUCAAGAUAUUUUAUUAUAUUGUAAAUAUUAUUGUUUAUUAAAUGUUGGACAAGAACAGAGAAUAGGACAACUUGUUGUAUGGAAAGAGAUAUUCUUAUCAAGAAGACGUCACAGAGACAACAGAACAGAGUACAGGGAGCCUUCUGGCAGACACUUUCUUCUUAUUGUGGGACGAAAACACAUGUUGUUGUGUGUUUUGCUGGAAGCUGGAGGCAUGGCAAGAAAGGCUGAAGGUCAUCCUGGUCCAGAUUCAUAUUACGUAGAACAGCUAAAGAACACUUUGAUGCAGAUAGAAACACUUGAUGUGGCAUCUGUCUGCGAAUCAAGCAUUCACAGUACGCGAAGCCCACCAAUCUCCUCUGCAGAUGUUCUGCUGUCAUCACCAUCAUUGACUUCAAACUUGGAACGUAACUCUUUGGGUAUAACCAUCCCAGGGUCCCCACCCCAGUGGAGAAGGCAUGGCAGUCUAGACAGCCUUAAGCUACCAGGUGAUGAGCUGGAUUCAUCAGACAGUGGUAGUCUCCCAUCUGGAAUCAAGAGAAGAGGGUCUGAUAGCUCUGGUAGUGUCAAUAGUCUUACAGCUAAAGGCAAAAUGAGGUCCUUCCGAUCCUUGUCUUCGCUGCUGUCUGUGGGCUCGCUCAGGAAAAGUUUUACUGAAAGCCCCUUCGAGAUAUCUCACUCACAUAACUCAAGGCUAACAAGUGGUAAAGAGAACACACUACUCAAUUAUGUCACAUUCGAUUCGUUCAAUGGUGUGUUAGUCUGUCCCAUAUCAAACGAUCCAACGUUUCGUUGUGGUACAGUCCAUACUGAAGUACUUAAGACAUUCCACAACACUUGCCUUACUAUUCGUAGACUGUUUCUUCCCUAUUACAAACAGAGAUUAAAAACUUCCAGCAGUAAAAACAAAGAUAGAUCGUUCUUUACCAGCAGUGGUCCAGAGGGAGUCAUAGAACACGGAGUCCAGUUCCACAGGGUUCCCGACAGUAACACGGAGCAGAAAAAGUCAUCAGCGAUUCUAAAAUACUGGGUUAUCGGACGUCUUUUUGGAGGAGAACAUCCAAAGGAAUUUUACGUGUGCUAUCACAGUUCAGUUCCGCAGAAUACUGUAGAGAUGGCGUUCAAGCUGGGCUUUGGUGUAACCCUCUGACAUUUAUUCAUCUGAAACACAGAUCAAACAGUGAUGGACAUUAUGAGAAAUGCCUGUUGAUUCAUAGCAAGAGAUUUAUGAAGUUCCAGUAAAAUGAUUGGAGUAGUAAUGUAGGGCAGCAAAAAGUUGGACCAACCACGUGACGAGAGACGGACAGACAGAAUUCUGUCUGUCCGUCUCUCAUCACGUGGUUGGUCCAACUUUUUGCUGCCCUACAUUACUACUGCUGGUCACAAUUUUGCUAACAUCACUAAGGAAGGCCAUAUUCUCUUAGUCGUAAAAAUAGGCAGAGUUAUUUGAGAUAAUAUACGGAAUUACAAACACAUUACAAACAAUAUAUCAACUCGCAUAUGUGCACAAAGAUUUGACUAUGAAUAGAACAAUACAUUUAUGAGAAUCAUAUUCUUUAUUACCAUUUAACUAGUUAAUUUUACUAGUGGUAUGCAGUUGCGCCAAUGUGAACAUUUUCUGUUACAUUAGAUGACAAUGCAUUUAACCUGCUCGUAGAGGAAGUCUCGUGCUCAAACUACUCACCCUCUGAUCUUGGUUAGUUGGGUAUCAUGCAACAUCAUCCAGCAUUGAGAAGACUCCGAAACUUCCUUUUGUGUAAAUCUCAUGAUUCAUAAAACAAACAAACAACAGCAACAACAAAAGAUUAUUAAUAAAUUUUAUUAGAAAGAAGUUACAGCAGAAUAAAUAUUUUCAAAGCUGAAA